AUGGCAUUACCAAGGGCGCAACCUGCAGAAGUUCUUCGAUCAUGGCAAAAAGAUGAUCUUUACGAAAAGCAACUUGCCGAAUCUUUAUCAAGAUUGAUGUCAGCAAGAAACGUAUCCAAAGCAAUACCACUGUCUUCUUUAAUAUAUAGGUCACUGACUACCCUGCAGGACCUCCAAACGCUUGGAGAAGAAUAUUCAGGUAUCGUGCAAGUCGACGAAACCUACAAUAAGUUACCAUCACAUUGGAGUCGACUUCUCAGCAUCUUAUUGUCAAUAUUUGGUGAAAAUAUUACGAGAGUCAUUCUCCAGAGUGCAGAAAAGCGAGUUCAACAAGAUCCGUCAUUAACUGUAGAAGCACAGAACGUGUUUUUGAUUACAUUUAAAACCUUAAGCAGUAUAAUACCUCAGAUACAGAAUAUUCACCGUGGCAUCGCUUAUAUCAGUGGUGGGCCUUUACAGAUAAGCAAGACCGUGACUGGCAUAGACUAUGUUCAUGUUAGACCCGCUGCAGCUGCCUACUAUGCACAUUUGAGACUCCUUGGUGUUGUAACUUUGUUGCAUGCAUUAGUGUCUUGUGGCCAGAGUUUGUACAGGGCGAAAGAACAUAUGGAUCAAAUGAGAGAGAUUCCUAAUGAAGUAGAUAGUAGCAAGUCAUGUGUGGCCUGUCUGGAAGAAAUAAUACAACCUUGCGUUUUACCCUGUGGCCAUAUAUUCUGUUUACAGUGCUCCUAUGGAGCAUUGGAAACCUGUGCAUUAUGCCGCACACCCUUUACUAAGAACUGUGUUGUUCCAUUGAUGAAUUAUUUUCCAGAAAGUUUAUAG